AUGAGAUCAACAGCACGAGCUCUCAUGGCAGCAGCCAUGCAAUCGGGGAACAGCCUAAAGCCAACGCCGAUGGCGCUCCUGCCGCCGAUUUAUCUCUACCGGAGGCUGCUGAGGGCACACAGGAAGCACUUGCCUGCGGAAAUGAGGUUGCUGGGGGAUGAGUAUGUCAAGGCGGAGUUUAGGGCGCACAGGAGCGUGGAGAAUCCGGUUCAUUUGAUCGGAUUCUUGACUGAGUGGCAGUUGUAUGCUCAAAAGAUUGAGGGUGAUGCUUGGAGGGGCGAGAAGCUGGAUGAGGGAAAGAUUCAGAAGAUGAGUGACGAGCAAAUUGGACAGUUGUAUGAGCUUAUGCAGGCGAUACAAAAGAGGGGGACGGAGGGAGAUGAGUCGUAG